CCUGGAUGAGCAGAAGGGGCCAGCUGGGCUCUCCAGUGCUUUGCGUGGCCAGCUGGGAUUUGGAUUUACUGCUGGCCGGAGGUCAAGGAGUGUGGAGGGGGAAGACAGGACUAUGUGGCUGUCCCCAGCUCUGCUUCUUCUCAGUUUCCCAGGCUGUUUCUCCAUCCAAGGCCCAGCACUCGUGAGAGGCCCAGAGCAGGGGUCAGUGACCGUGAAAUGUCGUUAUAGCUCAAGAUGGCAAAACUACAACAAGUGGUGGUGUCGGGGAGCACAGUGGAGCACUUGCAGGAUCCUCAUCCAAACCACAGGAUCAGAAAAAGAAAAGAAGAGCGGCCGGUUGUCCAUCAGGGACAAUCGGAGGGAUAACUCAUUCCAGGUUACCAUGGAGAUGCUCAAGCAAAAUGAUACAGGCACUUACUGGUGUGGUAUCGAAAAAUUUGGAACUGACCGUGGGACCAGAAUUAAAGUGGCCGUUUACUCAGUGGGAAAAGAUGCCCUGUCUACUUCUAAGCUAUUUCCCUGGCCCACUGUGGAGAGCAGUGCAGACAUGGUAUCUUCUGACGUGCAGAGGAGGACCCAUUACAUGCUCCUGGUAUUUUUGAAGGUGCCUGCCUUGCUCAUCUUGGCUGGUGUUGUCCUCUGGCUGAAAAGGUCAACUCAGAGGGUCCCUGAUGAUCAGUGGAGACACACUCUCUGUAGCAAUCUGGACUCUGAACUUCUGGCCAAAGACAUUUCUCCUUUGACUGGAUAAGCAGAGCCUUCCCAUUCUGGAUGCCCAUUCCAGAGGAGACCACGGUCAGGAAAGAAAUUCCUUAAGUCCUCAGUGGAUAGUGAUGGAGGCUGGUGCCAGAGGGUUUGGCCAGGCAUGCUCUCCACUUUUCGUACCCGUGGGGCCACAGCUCAGGCCCUUCCUGGCUUAUCAUUACACCUGCAGGACCAGAACCUCAUUCCUCCUUUACAUCCUCAUCAGCCCCACCCUAUCCACCCCCUGUGGUCAGCCCAGGAUGAGAACUGAUGGAAUGAAGCCCAAGCUGCAGGAAAGACAGCUGUGUGUGCCCUGCUGAAAAAGCCUGUGCCAAGCCUGAGACAGAGCACAGACAAGCGGAAGGGACUCAGUGGUGUGGCUAGAUUGUUUACCCUAUGACUCGGUCAUAGAAAACUCAGUGAGAGUGGAGCAAGUGUCCAUUCUUUCUGUGUGCGGGGCACUGAACCCACCCUGCGUCUCUGAGGAAAGGUGAGGAGGAAAGGCUGCCUGACAGGCCCAGGGUCUGGAAUGUAGAGAACUCAGGAAUCCGUGACUCAGCCCCGGGGAGCUGUGGCAGGUGUGUUUUGUUCCAUGACUGAGAACGGAAGGCUGCACAACCUUAGAUAGAUCUUCAGGCUGCACAGGCUCAUGACAUGCUGGUUUUAAUCAAAAGUUAGCCAGGGGAGAGCAGCAAAGAGGGCACAGAAGGCAGAGAGAGUCACGUGUCUCCCUGCUUCCCGGGUCCUCCUCAAGGCCCACACUGCACGCAUCUGACUGCAGAGGAAGCCAGGUCAAGGGCAGCUCAACAGUGACUACCAACAGCACCAGCCAGGAAGGUGGAGGCAGUAAGAAUGGUCCCCUUAUCACAGGGCUCUUCUGCCUUUAACUGUAGUUGGGGAUGGGUGAAGAACCCUAACUUGAACUCUGCCCUUUUGUUCGGCAUUUCCCGUGCACAGCACAGAGCUGACGUGCACAUUGUAAAGGCAGCAGAUCUCUGAACAUUCUUGUCUUGCAAGACUCAGACUCUAAGCCCACUGAGCAACCCUCCCCCAAUGCACCCCCACACCAUCUCACCAGGCCCUGGCUACCACCAUUUUGGUUUUUUCCCUUAUGAGCUUUGCUAAAUGCCCCUGAGUAGAAUCAUGAGGCAUUUGUCAUUCUGGGAUUGCUUCAUUUUAGUUAGCAUCCAUCAUGUCCUCAAGGACCAUCCAUCUUCUAGCAGAUGACAGAAUUCCUUUAUGUUACAUGCUGAAUACUGAAUACUAUCCCACUGAAUGGAUAUACCACACUUUCUUUAUUCACCCAUAUACUCAUGGACAUUUUGAUUGUUUCUACCUCUUGGUUACAAUGUUACAAUGAGCUACAAUGGGCACAGGUGUAUUGUUAUCACGUCUUCAAUUCUCUUGCACAUGGCCAUGAUGGUUAAUCUUGAUUGUUGGCUUUGCUGGAUUUAGAAUCACCUAGGAGACACACCUUUAAGCCUCUCUAAGAAGGUCCUUCCAAAGAAGUUUAACUGAGGAGGGAUGACCCACCCUGAAUGUGGACUCUCACCAUCCUAUGGCCUGGGGUCUCAGACUGAAUAAAAAGGAGGAAAGGGAGAAAGUGAACUGAAACCGGGCACCCGUUGGCCCAUCUCUUGCUCCUUCCCGAGAACACAGUGUGAGUAGCCAGCUCAUGAUCCUGCAGACAGACAGAUCUACUCCUGCUGUCCUGCAAUGCGAAAGGACUGUAGCCCUUCAAACUGUGAGCCAAAAUAAACCCUACCUUAAGUUGCUUUUGUCAGGUGUUUUGAUGCAGCCGUGAGACAAGUAUCUAACAUGUAUCCCCAAGAGUACUAUUUCUGGGUCAUGUGGCAAUUCUUUUUGUAAUUUUUUUUUAAUUGUCUCGAUAUCACUUUCCUCAAUGGCUGCACUGUUGGUGGAAAUUUUAGAUUCUCCAGAUGUUUCAGUUUAUAUUAUUUUUCUGGUAAUUAGAGAUGUUGGGUGUCCUGCUACAUCUUACUAUUUAAGUCUUUUGUGCAUUUUUUUAAAAGUCCCCUUUUUUUGUUUUAAUUUUUACUCCUUAAUUAUGCGCAUCUGUGUAUGGCUUUGUGCCAUGAGUGUCGUGAUUGUAGAGGUCAUGAGAGGGUGUCAGAUCUCCUGGGACUGGAGUGACGGGUGGAACUGAGCCAUCUGAUGUGUGUGCUGGUUUCUCUGCAAGAGCGGAGGUGUUGUUAACAGCUGACCUGUCAUCCAGCUCCCCUUGCUCCACCUUUCAGUCAGGUUGUUUUUCUGUAUAUUCUAGAUGUUGCGCUCAUUUUUAAACUCUACUUUAUUUGGGGUUCUUUAAAGCCCUCUCUUCCAACCCCUCAACCCUAGAUAGGAGAGAAGGUUAGUAGAGAGACAGGGCACAGAUCCCCUUACUUCUCCCAGCUGUUUGGGGUCAAUGGGUUCUUUUAGGGCUAUACCAAUUAUCUGUCAACUACAACAGCAGCAAGCAGCCUCCUCCAUCUCACUCCUCCAACCCACUGUGCCACGAAGCAUUUCUGGUCUCUCCAAACUACCGCCACUUCAUGCCAUACUUUCUCUUUCUGGGUUUUCAUAAUUUAUAUCUUCAGAGCCCUGGGCCACGAGCCUCUCUGUGCCUGAUGAGGUAGGCUGUUAACAGCUGUCAAAGACCACGCCCACAUGAGACAAUCAUCAGCUGUGGACAAAGUAAAGCCCAAACUAAAAACCCACACUUGGGAUUAAAACAAAAACAUGUUUAUAUAACAUAACAGAGUUUACAAAAAAAAAAAAAAUCAAAACUUUUAUUGCAUCUAGAUAAAAUCUCUUUUCAAAUAUAUUAUUUUCAAACAUUCUGUAACUAUUCUUUAUAUCCUCCUAAGAGUGUUGCUCAGUGGGUAAUGAGGGCAGAAGAGCUGGCUCUGCCUCUCAUUGGCUGCAGCACUAGAGAGAGUGGGCCCUGUGCUUUGACUGGGCAGCACAGCUGAGCUGGCCCAGGAGGCUUGGGUGCAGGUGAGCCGACCCUGCCUCCUGCUGAUGACGGCACUGGGUGGCCUAGCCUGAGCAGUGCUGGAGAGCUCGCCCUGGUGGUGCAGAUAAGGGAGAGCUGGUGGGCUGACCAGCUCAGCUCCCACCAGGGCCCAGAUCCAGGGCUUUGAGUUGGCCCACUCCAACAUCUACAUCCUCUGUGAACCGCUGGGGCACAUAGAAAGGUCAGUCCUGCUGGUCCAAAGCUGCAGGGUCUCCAUGACACGGGGCAACCACAGGAUGACCAGGAGGAGUCCCGGGGAGGAUCCGGUAUUGAUGGGGUCACAGAAGCCAGAGAUCUCAAACCAGACCAAUGACCAUUUGCAAGUGAAGAUGUGUGCAGAGGGAUGUACUCUGUGACACACUUCAGCUUCCACGAUGAGAUGUUUUCUACGCUUUGUUUUGUUUUGUUUGUUUGGGGGUGUUUUUUUUAUUGGGGGGAGGAGAGGUUGCAAGGCUGGAGGGCUGAUAUGAGAAGGACAGGAGAUGAGUGGGCCUGGGGUGGAUGACGCGGAACUCUCAAAGAAUCAAUAAAAAGUUUUUAAAAAUAGUGUUGCUCAGCAUCUGGAAAGAUGACCAGGUGGUUGAGAGCAUUGGUUGCUCUUCCAGAAGACCCAGGUUCAACUCGCAGCACCUGUAUGGCAGCUCACAACUGUCUGUAACUCUAGUUCCAGGAGAUCUGGCACCCUCACACAGGCAUACAUGCAGGCAAAACACCAAUGCACAUAAAAUAAAAAUAAAUCGUUAAAACGUUUUUUAAAAAGAGUGUUGCUCUUUUGUCAAUAUGAAAUUAUGGAUAAUUUAUGACGGGGGAAGCAUGACUUGAAACAAGCUGGCUGAAAGGGGGAGGUAGUGGAUUUCAUUUUUUAUAAGAAGACUAAGGCAUAUACGUGUGGGUAUAAAAUAGGCCGUCACAUACCAAACUGACAACAUUGUUUUUGCUAAGUGAAUAAAUAUUCUUCCUUUUA